AAAAUGAGUUGUUAGGUUUAAAUAGAAUUUCACAUAACUGUUACUAUCAAUUUUAUUUAAUAAAAUUCUUAAUUUUAGUUGUAAACGCAACUUAUAUUAGUCACGAUUUUGGUUGACAAUGUAGUUUUCUAGAAAAGGCGCGUUUUGCGCCGCUGGUUGAUUGAAAAGGGCGCGAGCUAGAUAUAACUGAUGCUUGGGGCCGGGAGGAGUCGUGGAGGAUUGACUUUAUGAAUAUUCCUGUGAUAUCAGCUCGCAUUAAUUUUCCUGUAAACGUUAUUCUUUUAGGCUUUUAUUAUUUCUAAAAUAGACAUCAAGUCUAAAAAAAACUGGAGAGCAGUUAAUUUCGUUUACUUUAGAAAAUCAUUUGUACUUUCAUCAGACGUAAAAAUUUUGCGUUGUUCAUUAAGUAGUAAGUAUAAAAAUGGCACUUACCAUCAAAGAAGACUCUAAUUCUUUCCCUUGUGCAGAUGAUGAUGAUGAUGCAUUAUUGAAUGAAGCAAUUUAUUGCAGUAGAAAUUUAGAAAUCAAAACUGAUGAUGAUGAUGAAGAAGUAGAAUUAAAAAAAAUCAGUAACAAUGAGAAAAUUAACAAGGAAGUUGAGAAACUGAAGCCAUCACCUAUUUUAUGGUGUGACAUGGAAUCAGAUUCAUAUCCUUCUGAAUUAUCAUCAUCAAAUAGCAAGAUUGAUUUAUCUAAUUUAAGUGGCAAAAGUGACUUAUCGUUAUCAGCUAAGAUGGAUGUUUCAACAUCAGACAUAAAAAGUGAAAUUUUGAUUCCUGAAAUCAAAGUGGAUUCAGAAGGAAAUGAAAAAAGAGACAAAAGUAAUGGAAACCAAAAUAAAAUAGAAAUAAAAGAUUCAAUUAAAAAAGAAAUUGAAGAUUCAACUGAAACAAAACAGGAAUCAGAGAAAAUAAUGAAUACAAGUGAUGAUAGUGAAAAUGUUACUCCUUGUAAAAGGAUAAAGCAAGAAGAGCCUAGAGAAGAAACAAUGAAUAGGAGUAGGCGGAAUAGUGAUACAAGUUGUAGUACACUAUCUAAUCAUAGUAACAAAAAGAAUGUUGAAUAUGAGACUGAUGCAGCUGUGCUAGCUCGUAGACAAAAAGAUAUUGAUUAUGGAAAAAAUACUAUAGGCUAUGAUGUAUAUUCUCAACAAGUUCCAAAAGAUAAACGUACUAAAGAGCAUCCACGAACACCUCCAAUGUAUUUGAAAUACAGUAGACGAGGUUGGGAUGGUAUGGUAAAACUGUGGCGUAAGCAACUUCAUAUGUGGGAUCCAGAGAAUGAAAAAGAAGAUAAGAAAAACGAAUCUUAGCAAUAUUGAAAAUUGUUCCAUUUAUUCAUAAGGCAUCAAAAUAGGUUUAAACUUUACAUGUCUUUUUUCAUAGUAAAUUAUUUACAUGUUUAAACAUUUUUCUCAGUAUGUUAUAUAAAUAAGUAUUUUAAGAAAAGUGAAUGUCAUUGUAAACAUUUAUUUUUAUAAUGUCUAUAAAAUACUUUUGUGUUAAAAAUUAUUGAAGAAAUGAGUAUAUAGCUUUAUUUUUACUUCCUCGAUAUAUAUUUCUUUUAUUUAUCAAACUUGAAAUCUUAUUACAA